AUGGGCUCAGAUCCACAGUACGCCAAGUGGCCCUUGCUGCCGUUGUCACAGCACGUCUUCACCCUCACAAACGGCUAUGCUUCGCGGGCGGCCCAACAAGCCGCUGUCAAGGCCCUUCAGGAUGCCAUCGCCCAGGACAAGAUGGCCCCGUUCUACCGAUACCUAGCACACCCCAUCGACGGCAUCCUCAACGCAGUGGGCGAGGGUGGUUCGUCGGGGCCAGGCAAACCCUUGAGCAGGAAGUCUAGUCUCGUGGGCAUGGUUGCCACCAAACAGCCAGUGUCAACAGUUAACUUGCCAUGGGACGAAGCCCUCUACGCAAAACUGACAGAGGAGAACGAGAAGGAGCUUGACGGGUUCCAGAAGGAAGAAGCAGAGGCUGAGGAGCAGGCUGGCGAUACAGAGAUCAUUGCUGCCAAGGGCAAGCGGGCUGAGUUCUGGGCCCGAGUGGGAGACAAGGAUAAAGCCAUUGCCGCCUACGAAAGUGUUUUCGAGAAUACCGGUAUUCUGGGAGCUAAGAUCGAUCUUGUCCUGGCCAUUGUCCGCAUGGCGCUUUUCUACGGAGAUAAGCCUCUUGUAAAGAAGCAUGUUGAGCGAGCCAAGGCCCUUGUUGAUAGCGGUGGUGAUUGGGACCGACGAAACCGACUCAAGACCUACGAGGGUCUUCACCUUCUCACUGUACGAUCUUAUAACCUCGCUGCACCCCUCCUUCUCGACUCUCUCUCCACAUUCACCAGCUACGAGCUUUGCACCUACUCAAACCUUGUCGUCUACUCCGUGCUUGCGGGCUCUGUGUCCUUGAAGCGAGUAGACUUCAAGUCCAAGGUUGUUGAUGCUCCGGAGAUCAAGGCGAUCUUGGGAGAUGGCGAAGAUAAGCUUCUUGCUCUGAGCGGCGCAAUCAGCGCUGGGCCAGGUGCAGACGACACAACCGGCGUUGAUACCCCUAAGGCGGCUACGACGACGGCUGUGAACCUGACCACCCUUGGCACCAGUACUGAUCAUCCAGAGGCCGAGGCAGCGAUUGAUUUCAGUCCCUUGGCCCUGUUGGUCAGCAGUCUCUACAAUGGCAACUAUAAGACGUUCUUCCAGUCGCUUGCUUCUGUUGAAGAGCAGUUCCUUACCCAAGACCGCUAUCUCCAUGAGCACAAGAACUGGUUCAUCCGAGAAAUGCGGCUCCGGGCCUACCAGCAGCUGCUUCAGAGCUACCGGAUUGUUGGACUUGACAGCAUGGCUAAUGACUUUGGUGUCACAGUCGAGUUCCUUGAUCGUGAUUUGGCUCGCUUCAUUGCCGCUGGCCGAAUUCCUUGCACAAUCGAUCGUGUGAAUGGUAAAGGAGUAAUCGAGACGAACCGACCAGACGACAAGAACAAGCAGUACCAGGAUGUUGUUCGCCAGGGAGACCAGCUUAUCACGAAGCUCCAAAAGUACGGCCAGGCUGUCCGACUGAGAGGAAGCGAGAGGGCGUAA